CCAAACGAUAUCAGUAGCACUGAAUCCUCACAGCUAGCAAAUCACAAGCGAACGUGGCAAAAUAAGCAAACGCAUAACUGCCAAAAGCACAAGAAAAGUCAGUGGAACGCUACUUUUGGGAAAAAUUUGCAUACUUUAAAAAAAAUAUAAAAUGCGUUCAUUCAUCACUGUCUGCAUUUUUGCUAUAAUCCUGACCAUCAGCAUGUGUGGCUUCAGCGAGGCGGCCUAUAGGAAGCCUCCUUUCAAUGGCAGCAUCUUUGGCAAACGCAAUUCGUUAGAGUAUGACAAUGCCAAGGCAAUAACUGCAAUGUGCGAAAUAGCGCUGGAGGCGUGUCAAUCAUGGUUUCCACAAGGCGAAAGCAAAUAAGACCAAACCGCUUUAGUGAAUUUAGUCAUCGAUAUAACCACGAUCCUCCAUACAUAAUUAACGAUAAACAUACAUAUAUUCGAAGCGCAGUGAAAAUGGCUUGUGCAUGUAUAAAUUAAUCGAAAUGUAAUUAACACGCAUUUAUAAACGCACUUAUGUAUAUUUAUAUUUAACCUUAAUUUUGUAGUUGUACUUGUAACAAAAAACUUCCAAUAAAGCAAGUGCUCAAGAAAGCAAGUACCAAAAUUUACCAAAGAAA